AUGGCUUACAACUACAAUCCAUAUAACAAUUCUUAUCCACCUCCACCUCCACCUCCAAUGCCUCCAAUUCCACAACAAAUGCCAAUUGGUUAUGGCGCACAGCCAGUUAUGAUGCCAAGGCCGCCACCUAUGGUUGCACCUUAUCCAAUUAUGGCUCCGGCCGCCCCGCCAACAACAGUUAUUAUUCGAGAAGAACCUCACCAUCAUCACGGAUUAUUGCACCACUUAAAUCCAUUCCGGCACCAUAAUCAUAAUCGGGAUCAUUGUUAA